AUGCUCCGUCUGAAGUUUCUUUGGGAAACCUCAAACAAGAACUGGAGGAGCUUUGGAAGAGAUGUGGCCAAAUGGAUGGACCACUGCAAGAAGUCAGGACAAGACUCUGAUGCAGCAGGAAAUCUGGACCUGGACCUGAUGAGAGACGGGAUCAACAAGUCCAGGGACCGGAAGAUCGCACUGAACCUGCAGCUGCGACAGAGGGAGCAGAUGGGGGUGUAA